AUGGACAAAACACCUGUUGGGAACUCCAAGAGGAGAUUUCAAAGCUCUGACGUGGUCGACUCCUUUGAUUUUGAGUCUGGCCACCGAAACGACAUAUCGGAGUUUGAAAAUCGCACACCAAUUGCAGCAGAACCAAGAAAAAGAGUGACGAGACGGAAGCAUCGUAAUUCUAGGUUGGGAUGCAACGAGUGUAAGCGACGGCGAAUUAAGUGUGAUGAAGAACUGCCGGAAUGUCGGAACUGUCGAAACAGGCUCCGAAAACCCGGAGACGACAGCGUUUUUCAAUGCUCUUAUUUGAGCAUGAGUAAAAAAGAGAUCGAAGAGUUUAAAGUUCAAAAGGCGGCGAACGGUUUGUUGAGCGCACCACGGGUAGUUCAAGACGCGGGUAGUUUUAUACCCAGUUUUCAAUCACCGUCACCAACUUUCAAGGCGAUUGUUCCUACGUCAGAAGAGGAAAAUGCUGUUGAAAUAAUCAUGAUUCCACACCGUCGUGUAGAUAUUCCAAAAUCUGUGUGGAAUUCAAUGGUUGGUAUGGAGGUCUUGCGUGUGCCUCGUUCUCUAUACGUUCAGCUUUUGUUGAACUGCACGCAAGAUUGGACUCUAUCGACAAACUUGGUGGUUGCACUGAAUCUUUUAGCAACAAUAAAAAGUCGAUCACGAAAAAUAGAGGUUUCUAGGAGAGAAAAGUGUGCAGCAGCAGAACGGGACUUUAUUCAUGAAUUGUCAACAUUGGAGCCUCUGAUUCCAAAAUACCGGGGUAAACUUCUCUCAUUUGUACGAAAUCUCACGUCGACUUUUUUGACUGCCGAAUCUCAAGUUGACGAUGAGGUCAUUGGAGCACGGCUGCUGAUCGGGAAUUCAGCCGUGCAGCUCAUGCAAAUGUACUUAGACACGAGAUACCGCGAUGACCAUCACAUGGCAAUGGUUGACAUGUGUCUUGAAAUGUUUCGAAAAGGCCUCGUGGCGAAGGUUGCACGGUCCAUACAAUAUUUCUGGAACUCUUUAAGUCUCUAUCACAGUCUCAUUUAUUAUCCGGCUUAUUCGACCGACCUGCUACUUGAGAUUAUCGAUGUCUUACGAGAUUUCAAACCAUUUGUAUUGUCCACGAACGACCCACAUUUGGAACUUCAUUUUAUGGAACUAUUCACAUACCUUGAAUAUUUGGUGAGUCUUCUGCCACUUUCAUCGGGGGUUUUACCGCUUUCUGUCAAUGGUCUUUACGACGUGUACCGGCGUUGGAUUUUAAAUGUGCCUCCGGAGGCCUUUUCUAUACUUGCAUCAAUGUCUGGAGUGCAUAGAGUUUUUUACACAUUUUACCAUUCAGUUCCUGCAUACCUCAACAACCUGUUUCCUGCGGCAUGUUACUUGUUAACACGCCAAUUUUAUGGUACCACAGCUUUCUAUCCAUUUUCUAUGAAGACGAUACUCGAAUCCUUGGAGCCUGACCUAGGUCCGUAUGCUGAAUUUUCGCUCCGUCUGUUAUCUUUCAUGGAAAGAAGAAACUUCAUGUUACGCCAUUUGUUUACCGUCAAAAACCCGCUUCCUGAUAUCAUUUCUAAGGAUAGGUUUCGUAUCCGCAAAGUAUGCAACAUGAGAGAGAAGCAGAUAAAGUCAUUGAGACAUGAACUCAUCACUUGGGAAAGUUAUCCAGACCUAAUCCCAGCAGAUCAAAUUGCACCGCCGGUGGGUCAUGGUGACGCCAACGUGCCGGAAGAGCCUCGUUUUUACGCUACAGAAGGAAAAGAUGCGCUCAAGCAAUUGAAUUCGUGGAGAGAGGUGAAAGACACUUUUAGCUCACCAGUCGAACCGUUUACGAAAGCUAGCCAUGACGAAAUGUCUGAGUCUCACUAUGUAGAUCAGAUUCUUCAAAGCUUGAAAGAAGACAGCCAGUACUCAAGUUUUGGCCAAAACACGCCUGCUAUCGGAGCAGGAGCCAAUCAAUUUACGGAAACGGGACAUGUACUGACCGACAGAGGCAUGUUUGACAAGGACUGUGACAUUAGCUUAUUUUUUGAGCGUAAGCGGCCAACGUUUUUAGAGAAUAAAUUCAACGUUGAGGUCCUCGAAAAAUAUAAGCAAGACAGAAUAUGCGUUAUGCGAGAGCCCGACGAAAGCUAG